AAAACAUUAAAAACUCUUCUCCCACCAAUGGUAAAGUCCAAAAAAACAAAGAAGUUGUCAAACUAAUCUCCCAGUAACCAGCAUUGUUGUGGUACUGAGUUUAUUAUUAUCUCAAGAAAACCUCCAUAGAUCUACGUUCCUGAUUCGAUUUCUCCAAUCUAGUUGCCCUUGAACUUCGUGCAAAUCAAAAUCCUCGGAAAAGGAAAAAAGAGUGUAAAGUACAAUGAUUAAAUUGCCCUUUUCAUCAUCAAUCUUGUCCACGUGAAAUUUGCUCAGAAAUCCUUCAGCAUCACUACGAUCCUUGCUCAAGCCGAUUUCUCCUCCAUUGAUUUCUUCGACUUCAUGGGUUCCAUGUCUGAUCGCAUGGCCACCGCUUCUCCUUUCUCUCUCUCCAACAUUUUCCCCGUAAUCGUCGAGCUUUAAAUUAUUUUCCCGUUUUAAGCUUGGUAAACGGGAAUUGAUUUUCUUGAAUUCAAUUUAUUUUUUGAGGAAAAAAGGAAGAAAAAAUGAGGGUGGCUAAGUCUCAGGUAUGGCAACCUUGCAAGAAGAAGAGGUCUCUGAUUAACAGCAAGCUUUAGAAGAAACAGAAAGAAAUAGAGGAUAUUUUUGGGAAAAAAAAGGGAAAAUAAAUUUAAGAGAAAUAAAAGGGAAUCUCAGAGAAAGUGAUGGCAGCUCGCACGAGUGCAGGGAGCAGGACACGUGUGGGGAAGUACGAGCUAGGGAAGACGUUGGGGGAAGGAACAUUCGCAAAGGUGAAGUUUGCGAGGAAUAUAGAGACCGGAGAGAAUGUAGCAAUCAAGAUUCUUGAUAAGGAGAAAGUUUUGAAGCAUAAGAUGAUUGGUCAGAUUAAACGCGAAAUUUCAACAAUGAAACUAAUUAGACACCCAAAUGUCAUCCAUAUGUAUGAGGUGAUGGCUAGCAAGACGAAAAUAUACAUUGUUUUGGAAUUCGUGACUGGUGGUGAACUUUUUGACAAAAUUGCUAGCAGAGGGCGGUUAAAGGAAGAUGAAGCUAGAAAGUAUUUUCAGCAGCUUAUUAAUGCUGUAGAUUACUGCCAUAGCAGAGGUGUUUACCAUCGAGACCUGAAGCCAGAGAAUUUGCUGCUGGAUGCUAAUGGAGUUCUUAAAAUUUCAGAUUUUGGUUUGAGUGCUUUACCUCAGCAAGUUCGAGAGGAUGGGUUACUUCACACAACGUGUGGAACACCAAAUUAUGUUGCACCAGAGGUGAUCAACAAUAAAGGCUAUGAUGGAGCUAAGGCAGAUCUUUGGUCUUGUGGUGUGAUCCUCUUUGUCUUGAUGGCUGGUUACUUGCCUUUUGAGGACUCCAAUUUGAUGACUCUAUAUAAAAAGAUAUUUAAAGCUGACUUUAAUUGUCCUCCAUGGUUCUCCUCAAGUGCAAAGAAAUUAAUCAAGAGAAUCCUAGACCCUAAUCCAUUGACAAGGAUAACAAUUCCUGAGAUUAUUGAGAAUGAGUGGUUUAAGAAAGGAUAUAUUCCACCUAGGUUUGAGCAAGCUGAUGUUAGUCUUGAUGAUGUGGACGUCAUUUUCAAUGAAUCAGGGGAUACUCAAAACCUUGUUGUUGAACGGCGAGAAGAAGGGCCUAGGGUACCUGCUACUAUGAAUGCAUUUGAACUUAUCUCUACGUCUCAGGGUCUCAACCUCAGUAGUCUGUUCGAGAAGCAAAUGGGACUUGUUAAACGGGAAACAAGAUUUGCUUCCAAAUGUCCUGCUAAUGAGAUAAUCUCAAAAAUAGAGGAAGCUGCAAUGCCCUUGGGUUUUGAUGUGAAGAAAAACAACUACAAGAUGAAGCUUCUAGGAGAAAAAACUGGACGUAAGGGUCAUUUGGCUGUUACAACGGAGAUUUUUCAGGUGGCUCCUUCGCUUUGCAUGGUUGAACUUCGAAAGUCUGGUGGAGAUACCCUGGAAUUUCACAAGUUCUACAAUAAUCUCUCUACUGGACUAAAAGAUAUCGUUUGGAAAACAGCAGAGGAAGGAAAAGUGGAAGAAAAGGAUGGAGCUGCUGCUGGUUCUGCUCCAUCGCGAUGACUGGCCUUUUCCACAAUGCGCAUUGGUCAGUUCUCUUGGGCGAACCUCAGUGACCGGUUACUCAAAGGAAUGUUCAUCUUGUUUCCGAUGGCUGUAACUUUACCGUGUAAAAUACUCUAUACAUAUGCCAGCUUUAUGUUUGUCUCUGCUGGAUGCUGUGAUUCAGAAAGAACUCAUUUACCUUAUUGCUCUGCUGUUUUGAGACCUAAUUGUACCAAUCACUUGAAUUUAUGAAUAAAUAAGAUGGGAAAAAGAAAAAAGAAAAAUAGUGUUUGGGAUUGAAA